CGUCACGUGAGCUCUUAUUUUGAAAUCCAGACUCGCUCAGCCAUUCGGAUGUCAGCUCUCGGUAACCGGAAGCAGUGUUAUGAAAACAUUAAACAGGCACCUCCCUCAGUUCGGAUCGGACGCGUCAAUUCACAGGUUAAAGAUGCUGAAAGCUGUGGGACAAGCUCUGUUCUCCACUGGACUACAAAACCCAGAGUUCACUGCGGUGGAGGGAAACAAGGCAGAGGACUAUGAGGUCCGCACCUACCACGCCACCAAGUGGGUGAGCACGUCUCUGAGCGGGAUGCACCUGGACGAAGCCAUGAAGGACGGCUUCCGCAGACUCUUCAGCUACAUCCAGGGCAACAACCAAAAGAAGGUCAAGGUGGAGAUGACGGCCCCUGUGACGGGCCGCGUCGACCCCGGAGCCGGCCCGGCCUGCGAGUCCCAGUUCACCGUGUCCUUCUUCAUCCCGGUGGAGCAUCAGGAGAACCCACCGGAGCCGAGCGACCCGCAGGUGUUUGUGGAGCACAGGGAGGAGUUCACCGCUUACGUCAGGAGGUACGGAGGCUUCUCCAACGAGAACUUGAAGCGAGAGGAGCUCCUGAAACUCCUGGAGAGCCUCCAGAGGGACGGCGUCCCCUUCGUGGACAAGCCGUAUUACACCGUCGGGUACGACAGCCCCUUCAAACUGACCAACCGCAGGAACGAGGUCUGGGUGCUGAAGAAAGUGGAGCAGCAAUAGAGAGAUUCAAAGGUCACGCAGCAUCGAACCCACGGCGUCAGAUUUUCAUAUGAUCAUUUCAAAACACUUACAAAUUUAAAACAGGUCCUAUUAAUGAAGUAUGAUGGGUUCAGAUUUAAAGGUCAUUACUAUUACUAUACUAUAUUACUAUAUUUCUUUACAAAAGUUGCAUCAGUUUACAUUUACUUAACUAAAAAGUUACUGAAUAGACUCACUGUCUGAGAGCAGCUGCAUUGAACUCCACCUUUAAACAGCUGGAGGAGCAAGUGGCUGCAGUUGAGUUAAUAUCUCCAGCAGAGGGAGCCAAAGAGUCAGUUCUCUCCUCUGGUGUAUUUGUUUUUUUAAAGGUACAAAAAAAGACUCCGAAACCUCACUGAUCUGGUCAGAAUGUGACAAGCUGAUGUGGAAAUGAAGCAGUUGUGUUGUAACAGAGUAGACACUCACAAUAUGUACAUGAAAACACAUUAUUGAUACAUGUAAGUGUUUCUUCUGUCUGCUUUGGCCACAGAGAACAUUUCCUUAGGCCAUGUCAACACAAGAGAUGAUAAAGUACGAGUGUGAAUGAGGCUUUAACUCUCUGAGUUUGACAAAUCAAGUCGGCAUUUUACCAAAACAAAAACAAAAUUCAAGCCAGGAACUUCCUCUCUGUCAAAACAGUUCAGCAGAGCUUUGCACAAAGAGAGAUUUCCCUAAAGAGCCACUUGACUCCGAGUGAAGCUUCAGCUGACGUCUUGAAUCCUUGGGGAGUGAACUGGAGUCUGUCAGCCUGACGACUUGAUGAUGAAUUGAUCUGAUCCCACACAUCACUGACGUCUCAUCCAUCUAUUGUCACUAAGUGGAUUGGAUGAAUACAGUACUUAGAAAAUACUACUUGUAUUUGCGUCUAUGUUUCUAACACACACAGUCGGCACAGCUGUCAAGGCCAAUACAGGAUCUUGCCCCUAGACUGGAGGGGAUCGAACCACCGACCCUCUUGUUUGUAGACGACUGACAACAAACAUCGUGCUGGUGAAUUCAUUCACGCCAGCAUGAUCCAAUUAUGUGAAUGAAAAAUGAAUUGUCUGGUCACGUGUGCCUAAAAACAAGAUACCAAACAUUUGCAUGGCAGACAUUUUUUUUAUUAAUGUCGAUAAACACAAAAUCAAGUUCUUGUGUGUAAAGCUCUGAUUUUGUUUGUGCCUUGUGUGUAGAACAUACUGACAAAGAGUGACAGUUACAAGCUGAAACUCUGCCUUAAACACCACUUUACCUUUUUUAUACAUUCCAUUAUAUGAAUAUUUACAUUUACAGAUUCUGAAUCGUUUUUAAUCUUGAAUAAGUGUCAUGAUUGAUGUUAAUAGGGAAAAAUAACAUGAGAACUGAUUUUUGGAUCAUGGGGACAAAGCACUUUUGAAUAAUGUAAACUUUAAUAUAAUCAAUAAUAAAUAUAACGCUUCAUAAAA